GUGUCACACAUUAGGUCCAUUAUCCCAAGUGUCUCGCUAUCCUCAGACUUCAUUUGUGGUUUUUGCUCAGAAACUGAGGAAGAGUUUGAGGAGACCUUGACCUUGUUGCAGUGGGUCAAGUACAACUAUUGCUACCUCUUUCCAUACAGCUUACGAGAAAAAACUCCUGCUCAGCGUAAACUAGUGGAUGAUAUUUCUCAUGAGGUGAAAAUCAGCCGCCUACAACGGAUGGUGCAGGUGUUCAGGAUGGAAGCCAGCAAAGUUAACAAAGCUCAGGUUGGACAGCAGCAGUUAGUGCUAGUAGAAGGCAGAAGCAAAAGGUCAAAACGAGAGUUUGUUGGGAGAAAUGAUGGUAAUACAAGAGUUAUCUUCCCAGACGUAGAAGUAGAAAGUGGCAGUGAACGAGCUACCCGAGGUGUCAAGGAGGGGGAUUACGUGUCUGUGGUCAUCACGGAUUCUACAUCACAGGUUCUCAGGGGCAUUCCCUUGUCUGUCACCUCCCUGCAGGCCUAUGCUAAUGGCCUUUGAGUUUGUCUCUUUGUAGAUUCAUAAUUGGAAGACUAUGCAAAUGUAUGAAGAAAAAGGUCUGUAUAUUUUAAAUAUAACAAAUGUAUAUUAA